AUGGCCUUCGGUCUUCGACAAAAGAUUGAUGUUGAAAAUCUUAUUGUUCAGCUUCCAUCAUUAAAUAAUUCUCAACAAUUUAUUCAGCUUUAUCAAAAACAUAAAUAUCAAAAUUCAAAUACAGCAGGAGAACGUCGAAAGAUGUCAGCUGAAUAUACACGUUCGAAAUCACGAGAAAUGUCGAUUAUCGAUGAAAAUAAUGAACAGUCAACAACAUCCAUUUAUUCAGCUAGUCUAAAAAAAAAGAAAAUCGAUAUUUUGACUAGAAAGAAUAAUUCUUUGUUGACACCAAUAGCCAAUUUACUAACAUCAUCAAUAGCAAAACCAAAACAUGAGUCAGCAGUCAGAAAUUUUAAAAGUAGGCCCGUUCCUACUUCAAACAAUAUCGAUCAUUAUGAUAAUUAUUAUGAAGAUGAUUUUGAUACUGAUGAUGAAAUUUUACCUUAA